UGUACCUGUGUUGUGUUUACGUCUAGCCUGUGCGCGCAGCAGAACGCCUAGUUGCGAGUCCGGGUCCCUACUUUAAACAUGGAUGACAUAUUUAACCACAGCGGAGGACUUAACCGGAGUUCACCUGGCGAUGAGAAAUUCAAUUUCCAAGACAUCGACGUGAGCGCGGACGGCACUCCCAUCCUGAGGAUACUCAUCUCCGUGGUGUACUCUGUAGUUUGCGCAAUAGGUUUGGUGGGGAAUCUGCUUGUGUUUUUCCUCAUGAGGUUACGACAAGGUCGGAAGAAGUCCACCAUCAAUUUUUUCAUCAUCAACUUGGCGGUGACGGACCUCCAGUUCGUGCUCACUCUGCCCUUCUGGGCCGUGGACACCGUGCUGGACUUCAGCUGGCCGUUUGGAGACGCCAUGUGCAAAAUCAUCCUCUCGGUCACCGUGAUGAACAUGUACGCCAGCGUCUUUUUUCUCACUGCCAUGAGUGUGACCCGCUACUGGUCAGUCACCUCGGCCCUGAGGAAAAAAGCGUACAGGAGGUCAGGGCGCGUCAAGUGGUUGUGCGCGGUGCUGUGGGUGGCGGCGACGGUGGCCACGGCUCCGACAUCUAUCUUCUCCACCGUGACUGUGGUUGCCGGAGAAAAACUCUGCCUCCUCAAGUUCCCCGAUGGACAUGACUGGCUCGCCCUCUAUCACAUCCAGAAAAUAUUGAUAGCCUUCAUCAUCCCUAUGUUCAUAGUCUGUGUCAACUAUUUGAUGCUCCUGCGCUUCGUAAGGCGGAGGAGCAUGAGCACCAGCAACCCGAAACGGAGAUCCAGAGUCACCAAGUCUGUCGCCAUUGUGGUUUUGUCCUUCUUCGUUUGCUGGAUGCCAAACCACGCCAUCACAUUCUGGGGUGUCUUGGUCAAAUUUAACGUGGUCGAGUGGGAUAAAUCAUAUUACAUGAUGCACACGUAUGUGUUCCCGGUCACUGUGUGCUUGGCGCACGCAAACAGCUGCUUGAACCCGGUGCUUUACUGUCUGAUGAGGCCAGAGAUCAGGAAGAUGCUCAGCGGUUUGUUUUGGAGAGUGCCCACUUCAUCCAUAUCCAAUAAGGGCGACGGGACGCGCUAUUUUACGCAGGGAGAAACGCAGGGAGUCUUGCCUCUCCAGGUUUUGGACAAUGGCCAGUCCUCGUUGUCCAUCAUAGACCGUAAAGGUUUACCAAGCUCCAGCCGAUAACUUCAGCCUGGUGAAAAAUAGACCUCGUGUAGCUGUUUUUUGUCUCUGGUUGUCCACCUGUAACUGUCAUAACUCGUGCGUAAUGCUUUCGUAUUCCAAAAUGUAAGAUGUUUAGCUACAACUAACCGUGCACUUUAUCAAGUGGUUGUCAUAAUGCCAUGAACAAUGUAUGACAAGUGUAAUGUGGACUUUAUUGAAUUCCUAAAACUGUCACAAAAUAUUUUGUUGAGUGACGAACAAGCCUAAAUUCCUCUCUCCUUUCUGUCCUUUGUAAGAUUAUAUUUAUGAAAUGUUUGCCUUUUCUGGGCAGCGAAGAGCGACACAAAACAUGGCAACAGAGAGACGGGGACACGGGGGACAAACGUCUCCGGGCUGGAAACGCACUGGAGACUUUUUUUUUUGAGAUUUGCGGACUCUUAGACACGAGACCCUCGGCAAAACAUGGGAUUAUUCAAUGAAGAAGGACCUAAAAUGAAUUUG